AUGGCAUCCCAGUCUCCAAUUGCCAGGUUUUUUGCGCCGGCAAAAAAAGAGAACGGCUCGCCACCGCAAACUCCAGCUGCACGUGUGAAUGGCGAGUUUAGCAAUGCGCAAAGUCACGAAAAUGCUUGCACGCCGCCUUCAGUGCAGGCCAGGAAGCGCUGCUUGACCAAGCAGCCUGACAGCCAGUGCAAGAUGCCCAGGAUUGAGCCACCGAGAGAAAAUACUGAGAGCGAACCUGCUGAACCUGCAGUGCAACCAGACACCACAGUUGCAGUUGUGCCGGAAGUGCGGGACUUGCGCGCAACAUUGCAGCGCGCAGAACAGUCUGGCAUGGGUUCACUUCCACCCUUCAUUGCAGAGUGUUUCCACCAUUACGAGAGCGGGUCUCACAGUUGGCCCCCUUGGAUGCGACCAGAGAACUUGCGAGAUGGGCAAGGGUUGCGACCAUCAGAUCCGGGCUACAAUCAAAGCACCCUUUGGGUUCCAGAUCCUGUCAAGGACAAAGCCGAGUAUCAGAAAGCACAGGGUCACAACACCCCCAUGUUGAUGCAGUACUGGAAGCUGAAGUCGGGGCAUUUCGACAAGGUGGCCUUCUUCAAGGUUGGCAAGUUCUACGAGAUAUUUUACUAUGAUGCCUUUAUUUGCCAGCGCAUUUGUGGACUGAAGUGGAUGAGCCAAGAUAAGAAGCCCCACGUUGGUUUUCCGGAGAUGGCAAAGCAUGAGUAUGCCAAGCAAGUCCUGGCUGCUGGUUUCAAGGUUGUGGUGGUCGAGCAAGUGGAGCGAGUCAUAGAGACAAACCAACGGAAAUCAGAGGGCAAGCAAAGCACUGGGUCAAUCUGCGUGGAGAGGGCGCCUUGCGAAGUGUUCACUAGUGGAACCCUAGUUGAUCCAGAGCUACUACAAGGGCCCAGUGCAAGAUACCUCGCCUACUUGCACUUUGAGGAUAGCAGCCGCCGUGGCUUGGACUUUGCGCUUUGCCUCGUUGACUGCGCAACCUCUCAUUUCCAAUUGGGACGUUUUACUGAUGCCGCUGACCGAAACAUGCUGCGAACGCUGCUGGCACAAGUGCAGCCCAGCGAGGUGGUGUAUGACGUUGCCAACCUUCCCAGGGAAGUGCUGCAUUUGUUGAGGAGGCUGCCAUACCGCCCGCAGCUGUCUCCAGUACAGAGUGGCGACUCGGGAUUGCUUGCGGCACGGGAUCGUCUGAGCAAGUAUCGCUCAGCACAUCCGAAGGCAUUCCCUGAGGAAGUGGAAACCUUGUUGAUUCAGGAGGGCGCAGUGAUUGCAGCUGCAGGCAUUAUGGAGUACUUGACCACUGCUUUGUUGUCAGACAGGCUAUUGCCUGUUGCCACUUGGUCGACAGUCGAGACGAGUGCACGCAAUCAAAGGGCUUCUAGCCGACGGAUGGUGCUGGAUGCUACUGCUCUCUCAGCUCUGGAGGUUGUGGAAACCCUUGAAGGGAGAUACGAUGGCUCUUUGCUUUCAUUUCUGGAUCACACAAGCACCCCCUUUGGAUGUCGCCUUUUGAGACAAUGGGUUUGUGCGCCCUUGUACGAGCUGGACGACAUUCAACAGAGACAAGAGGCAGUCGAGUUUCUGAUCCAGAACGGCGAGUUGGCUCAACAGCUUCGCACAUCAUUGAAGAAGUGCAUCGCGGGGUCCAAGAUGCCCAUCGACCUGGAGCGCAGCACCUCGCGGAUCUGGGGUUACGCCUUGCAGGCUGAGCGCCGUGCAGUGAUGUAUGAGGACAUCACAGCCAGGCGUCUGGCGCACUUUGUCGAGCUUAUGGAGGCCUACGCGCAGUGCUACAACCUUUUGGCCACUGCCUUCCCUGACAACCUGCCAGGUCGCCUGGCCAUGGUAGCAAGGCCGCACGAGAAGGGCGGUAGCCUGCCUGAACUUUUGCCUACCAUUUCUCGGCUCAAAGGCAGUGUGGUGGAGACCACGGCGAAGAAUGGUGCUGUGAAGUAUAGGCCGCAAGACGGAGCAGAUCCUCUCUACGAUGAGAAGAAUGGCAAGCUGGAAAUGAUCCAGGGGGAACUGGAUCAAGAACUGAAGAGCCUGCAUAAGAAGUAUCCCAAGGUGAGCUUCUCCUUCGUCCACCGGUUGCCCGGCUUUCGCUACGAGGUGGAGUGCGAGGAAAAUGCCAUGGGCGCUGCUGUGAAGAGUCUGGACGUCACCUACCGCAGCAAAGGCAAGGUGCGCUUCUACACAGCAAAGAUUAAGGAGCUCCUUGCGCAGAUUGAACAGCUGGAGGAUGAGAGGGAGGACUGCAUUUUCCCCUUCCUGUCCAAGCUCUUCCGAGACUUCCACUCACACCAGGCACCCUUCCGCGCGCUGCUGCGCUGUGUGGCAGAGGUAGAUGCGCUGCUUGCGCUGGCCAAGGCGUCCCAAAACCUCGGGGUCAAUUGUCGCGCGGAGCUGGUGGCCACUGAGGACUCGGCGCCGGCAUGUGUGGAGCUCCGCGCUUGCCGGCACCCAGUGGUUGCGGCAAAGAUGGGCAACGCCUUUGUGCCCAACGACACGCUGCUGAACUGCUGUGGCGUGCCAGGCAUUCUUAUCGUGACGGGCCCCAACAUGGGCGGCAAGUCCACAGUGCUGCGGCAGACCUGCAUAGCGGUGAUCCUGGCCCAGCUGGGCUGCCGAGUGAGUGCUGCCAAAUGCCGGCUGAGUCCAGUGGAGCGGAUCUUCACACGCAUCGGUGCCUAUGAUGCGGUGCUGGAAGGGAAGAGCACGCUGCUCACCGAAUUGGAGGACAGACGGCGGCCCUGCUGCUGCACGGCUCCCCGAAGUCCCUAG